GUGUGACGUGAGCAGGUCUUUUAGCGAGAGCCGGUGACGCUGCCGCCCACCCACUCACAUUACAGGUGCUGCAGGAGUUGAGUGUCUGUGCGUCUCCGGGCAUCUUGUCUCCCUCUAUCCCUGGUUUCUUGCUGUUUUUCUUUUCUUCUUUUUUGGAUCCUGACCACCUCUUCACUCUUCCUUCCUCGGCUUUCUCCUUUUUAGUUUUUUUUCCCCCUAUUUCGUCAUCCCUGCCUCAGAGCUCGGAGCUGAGAGAGGACCAUGAAUCUGGGCUCUGUACGCUGUGAUUUUCAGCAUCCAGACAAACCAGUGUGUUAGGACGCGCCCCUCUCAUCAUCAUUGGGCAGCCCAUGCACACGCACGACACCAUGGGUAGCUCCCCCGAGGUGCUCUCCUGGACUUCCUGCCCCAGUUUGCUGGUGGGCAAGCUGAAGGAGGAGCUCAAGCUCACUGUGGUCGGGGACGCCAUGAAGAAAUCCAACCCGCCCAACUCCCAACCCCAGCCUCCUCAGGCCCCUCCCUCUAACGUACCUCCUCAGAUCAUCACGGACCUGGCCCCGCCAACCCACCUGCCCGUCCCCGUACAGACGCUGCAGACGCCCGGCCAGGACGAGGACUCCAUGCUGGGGGGCGCAAGCCCCCCAAACACGGCGCUGAGUGUGGACUCCAUGCGGAGCGAUGGCGGGCACUUCGACAAUAGCGUGCUUCAGCUGCAGGAGCAGGACCAGGAAGAAGCUGUGUCACCGGCAUCCUGUGAGCAUGGGUGUGGCAGUGGGAUGGAGGAACAGAUGGGAGAGGGGGACUGUCCCAUGGACCACAGUGGAGAGGGGAGACAGAGCCACCCACAUCACCCCGAUGACAUCAAGCUGCAUUUCCAGAGAGCAGGGCCUGGGUCAGGGGGCUUCUUAGAAGGGCUGUUUGGCUGUCUGCGGCCGGUCUGGAACAUUAUAGGGAAGACGUACUCUACAGAAUACAAGCUACAACAGCAAGACAUGUGGGAGGUUCCCUUUGAGGAGAUCUCGGAGCUACAGUGGCUCGGCAGCGGCGCACAGGGAGCUGUCUUCCUGGGCAAACUCCGCUCUGAGGAGGUGGCCAUCAAGAAGGUGCGCGAGCAGAAGGAGACCGACAUUAAACACCUGCGGAAGCUCAAGCAUCCCAACAUCAUCAGCUUUAAGGGCGUUUGCACUCAGGCACCGUGCUACUGCAUCAUCAUGGAGUACUGCGCCCAGGGCCAGCUGUACGAGGUGCUGAGGGCGGGAAGGAAAGUGACCCCCAGGAUGCUGGUGGACUGGGCCUCAGGCAUCGCCAGCGGCAUGAACUACCUACACCUGCACAAGAUCAUCCACAGAGAUCUCAAGUCUCCCAAUGUUUUGGUCACCCACGACGACACUGUGAAAAUAUCUGACUUCGGAACGUCCAAAGAGCUCAGUGACAAAAGUACAAAGAUGUCAUUUGCGGGGACGGUGGCCUGGAUGGCCCCAGAGGUGAUCAGGAAUGAGCCUGUGUCUGAGAAGGUCGACAUUUGGUCAUUUGGAGUUGUAUUGUGGGAGCUGCUGACUGGAGAGAUUCCCUACAAAGAUGUCGACUCCUCUGCCAUCAUUUGGGGAGUAGGCAGCAACAGUCUUCACCUUCCAGUCCCCUCCACCUGCCCAGAUGGCUUCAAAAUCCUCAUGAAACAAACAUGGCAAGGUAAGCCCAGGAAUCGGCCUUCAUUCCGUCAGAUUCUCCUGCACCUCGACAUCGCCUCCGCUGACGUCCUCGGAGCUCCUCAGGAGACCUACUUCAAGUCUCAGUCUGAAUGGAGGGAGGAAGUGAGGAAACAUUUUGAGAAGAUCAAAAGUGAAGGAACCUGCAUCCACAGGCUGGACGAGGAGCUGAUCCGGCGCCGCAGAGAUGAACUCAGACACGCACUGGACAUCCGGGAGCAUUAUGAGAGGAAACUGGAGAGAGCCAACAACCUCUACAUGGAGCUCAGUGCCAUCAUGCUGCAGCUGGAGGUCCGGGAGAAGGAACUAAUGAAGAGAGAGCAGGCAGUGGAGAAGAAAUAUCCCGGGACCUACAAGAGGCAUCUGGUCCGACCCAUCGUCAGGUCCAACGCUGUGGAGAAGCUCAUCAAGAAGAAAGGAAGCAUUUCCCACAAACCUGGGGUUCCCCCCACCAAAAGGCCAGACUUGCUUCGUUCUGAUGGCAUCCCCAGUGUUGACCCUCUCCCCUCCCCCUCGCCGCUGUCUGCCAGCCCAAAGGUCUCCACACCUCCCGGUAAAGCCCGUUACCGGAGCAAGCCUCGUCACCGCCGCGCCAACAGCAAAGGAAGCCACAGCGAGUUCCCCGGCGUGCUGAGGCCUGUCGCUGGGGCCCUGGAAGACACCCGGUCUCUCCAGGCGCCGCCGUUCCACCAUCUCCACCACCACCACCACCUCCUACCAAAUAAGGGGCCCUUACUUCCCUUGAAGGGCCGCGAGGAGGCUGUUGUCAACUGUGCCAACAACCUGCGCUACUUUGGCCCUGCCGCUCCCCUCCGCAGCCCUCAGACGGACCACCUGCAGCGUCUUGUGUCUGGUUCCGGCCCCGACCUCAUUUCCACUGCUGUGGAUGCAGACACGCGACAACGGACUUCAUCCACUGGCUCCAAUCCUGUCUCGGGUGCUGCCGCCAGUUCUUUGUGCCCCUGCUGCCAUGCACACCCCUUCCCUGGCUGCCUGCACUGUCAGGAGACCCCGCCUGCGUCCAGCAACCCAGAGCUACCCAACUACUCGCUGCUCGGCACCCAAGAAAGGACCCAGUCUUCUUUAGGGGCUCCCAGCAAGGAUCCAGCCUCGGACGGAGAGGCCUCAAAGAAGACCGAGCUACAGGAACAGGAGGCAUCCCAACACACACACACCCUGCCCUCUGCACUGCCACACACCCUCAGACCGCUCAGGAAGGGUGAUGAGUCAUCUGAAGAGGAGGAGGGAGAGGUGGAUAGUGAAGUGGAGUUUCCAAGGAGGCCGAGGCCUCAUCGCUGUAUGAGCAGCUUCCAGUCCUACUCCACCUUCAGCUCAGAGAACCUGUCCGUGUCCGACGGAGAGGAGGGAAACACCAGCGACCGCUCCCACAGCGGGCCUCUGGAGAGGAUGAGCGCCAGUCAGGAGGAGCACCUGGACGAGCUGCUGUCGCACACACCGGACAUCCCCAUCGACAUCUCCACCCAGUCAGACGGCCUCUCUGACAAGGAGUGCGCUGUCCGCAGGGUCAAGACACAGAUCUCCUUGGGAAAACUGUGCUCAGAUGAACACAGCUACGAGAAUCCCCUGCAGUUUGGAGACUCAGACUGCGAUACGUCAGAAGCAGAGUGCUCCGACGCCACCAUCAGGAACAACAAAGCCGGGGCUCCUUCCUCGUGGUGAACACACGCCCCCGGGGGCUCCGUUCUGUUUUUUGCCUGGAGGCCGCAGCGUCCCACUCUGCCCCGAAGAAAAUAGCAAUAAAAGGACGACAUUGUAAACAUAGCUCCCUAUAGCAAAGCCCCAUGCAACCUCUCCCAGAGCCUCCCCAAAACCCUUCCCUUCAUGAGCCCCACUCCCCCUCCUCAUCUCUAGCACAGCAUCCAGGCAACCCAUGGCAGGGAUUCCCUUUUGAAUGAUACUGUACAGUAGAUAGUGUAACAUUCAUAAUUUAUUUUUGUCUUAGUUUUGAAGGAAAAUUCAGGAUCUCUGUACGUUCUCUGAUCCCAACAGAGAAAUAAAACUGACAUUUUGAAACAUGGGCUGACUGUGUGUGAGGGAGAAACUGGAUGAAGAUGCAAGUGACGAUGAUGAGAAGGAUUAUGUUCUGAUCUAUCUGAGGCUGACAGUUGUGGGACGUUACAUCACCGCGAUAGUCGGACUCUACACGUCUUUACACGUCUUUUGAUGUGGCCGCAGUCAGCAUCUUACUGCUUUAGACCCCAAACCAACCAACCAACCAGGCCCUCUCUCAUACGACUGUCCAACUUACCUGCUUCAUCAUGACUUUACAGUACAGAGCCCCAGUGCCCUGCCUCGUUCCCACCUCCAUCCUGUACCCAACGAGGGCACAGGGGGCUCGUGAUAAAAAGCGUGAACACCAGCAUGAAACAACCUGCCUCGCAAACGGGACUUACUUCUCCUCCUCCUCCCUAAAACCAACAUUUGUGCAGACCCCACCACCCGCUGAACAGUCCAAGCAUGUCCGUGCAGCUCGCUAAACGCAAAACGCUGCCAGAACACUGCAUGACGUGGACGAGCUAGCAGACCAACGGGGGAUGAAGACUCACGUGACAGCAGAUAAAAAAAUAAAAGAAGAGACUCUCCCUCUCUGCCCCUGCUCAUCCCUCUCUCUAAGACACGCCAUCGUCAUCAUCAUCAAUCAGAUGUCAUGACCAGAGAUAUCGAGGGCAUUAUCAGCGUGCGUGUGUGAGUGGGUUCACGUAGCCCUCUCCUCGCCAUUAGUCAUCACAGUUUCAAGUCUCAUCUCAGGAUCGUUGGAGGAAUUGAGAAACCAGACUGGACCAAUUAUUGUACGUAGGAAUGUUCUUCGAGCGGCUCGUAUAAUGGACCAUGCAGGAAUAUUCAAAAUAACGGUCUUACAGAUAGCCUUGAUGUUCAACUCUAUAUUGCUGGACAUUAAUGUUAUAUAGAAAUGUAGUGUUUUAGUCGCAAUCCAGGUGCGGUAUCCCAUUUCUUGAAAAUCACGAGGUGUAGCGUCUCCCAUGUACCAUUUUCUAGCAGGAUUGUUCACACCACCGUAUGCGUAGUGUCUGAAAGAGGCAAAACAAUAAUUAUGUGCUGUGCAGACUAAAACAGCAAUAACAUGAGUUGGUGCUCAGGUGAGAAAAAGACGUUGCUUGCUCAGGAUUUGGGGGCGUCUAGCUGGCUAGACACAACACAGUGGCUGUUGGCUAGAGGACAGCAGCGUGUGUCAAACUGUUUAUUAUAGAUGGUAUAUUUUUAGAUUGUCCCAUUUUUUUAUGAACUCACCUCUCCAGCGCUCAAUGCUCAGGAUUCAAUGUUGGUAGUAGAGAGCAGGAGCGAUGCAUCAACAGCCACUAGAUGGCGACACUUGCAAUGACCUAGUUUGCCUUGUGUUAUGGCUUUUCGUUCCUUUUUGCUACCCAAGGUAAUUUCCCCAUCUAAAUCCCAGAAUGCCAGUAAUAUUAAGUUUUUCGUGCGGUUGCUAUUGAAAAGGGAUACUGCAUCUGUGAGAGCUUUAUUUUUUAGCCCCGUCUGAGUGUUUGUCAUUCACCCUAAUGAUUUUGCUCGUAGAAAAAUAACCAGCCAGGGUUGAAUUUCAACGAUAACGAUGUCAAGAAUGCUCAAGUGUAUGCAGACAGCUGAGAUUCUACAUAAGGAAUAUAAGCCAGAGACAAGGCCAGAGAGCAAUGAAAGCUCUUGGUUUUCAACGACCUCAUCUCAGUAUUAUUGUAUAUAAACACCUAAAUGUAAAUGUAAUGUGACCUGUUUUCUGUCCUCUCUCUCUUCAACGUAUAUAUCGCACAGCUCGGACCGAGCCUGUCGCCGACGACCAGCAGACUGGUUGAAUAUGAGCAGGAAGUUCUUUAAUCUGUAUCACAUCAGUAUUCAGCACUGCGAGGGGGGGGGUGUCAUACAAACCGAGUAGCACAAGGUGAAUCUAAACCUGUACUGAUGGAUAAAUGACCUUUUUGUGCGUGAAAGCUUCGUAAAGGCUCACCCCUGGUACGGAGAACAGCUGCUGCCGUUCCUCAAGCCUCCUUUAACCAUCUUCAUCCUGUUUACGUUUGUGUGAAAUAACCUAGUGUGAUGUAAUGACUGGGUAUAUCUGAUCAAGCUGUUAUUAACGUUAUCUUUCUGGCAUAUAUCCUGUGAAGUAUGAUUGUUGUAAAGCUAAUUUAAUUUUGAUUCUUUUUUUUUUUGUAGCUGGCCUACGUGAUUAUUGAAUUAAUUUAUUAAGAAUGACUGGUAAGGUGCAUUGUUCUUUUUAUUUUCAGGCAGCUUUAGAAAUGUUGUGACCUAUGAUUUCUCCUGAAAAGUAUUAUUGAAAGGAAGCACAAUGAAUUGGUGUGGGAAGAGGACAGUAUUUGUAUGCGAGAACAAAAGCAUUGUCAUAUCAUCGACUCUGCAGGGGACCAUUCAUCAUUUACAUCAUCGCUGCGGACAAAGUAUUGAUUAUACAGACUUUACAUCAGUAAUUAGUAACACCAAGUGUUCCUAAAUCUUUUUUUAAUAUAUCGAUAUAGCUUCUAUGAAAUCACCUCUGUUUCCAACCAAAAGUCAAGUGACUGUCACAGCAGCAGAAGUGAGACUUCAAACCUGAUUCCCUUCCUCUCAUUUUUAGUCAAAAGUACCAGUUACUUACAUCUGAAUAUCAGUGCAACUGUCUCUAACUGUGGACAUCAUGUCGCCUCAUCCCAUAAACCAAGCAUCUGUUUCUUUGUUAUCAUUUCCGACUCCCUCAUCCUGUUGAGUGGCAUUACGAUCAACCAAUCCUGUCCGUUUACUGUAUUAUCCAGUGUACAGUGCAACGGGUAUCUGGGAGAAUAAAAUCAGAGCAAACAACUGCAUGGAAUAAAUGCUGAUGUACUGUACCCAAAA